AUGACCAGCGUCGCCGAGCACGCGUGGCGCCACGACUGGGACGCCGUGCGACGCUGCGUCGAGGCCGGCGCUGACGUCAACGCACCCUUUUUUGGCAAGACGGCGCUGCACUGGGCGGCGUACCACGGCGAGAACGCGACGCUUGCCGCGCUUGCUGCCGCGCCCGCGAUUGAGAUUGAUGCGCGCGACCUCGAGAAUGCCUGCACGGCGCUGCACUGGGCCGUGCUCAAGAGCAACCUCGAGGCUGUCAAUGUCCUCCUCGCCGCCAACGCCAACGCGCACGCCGUGACGCAGGACGGCCAAACGCCGCUGCAGCUCGCGAUCGCUACCAAUGCGCACGCGAUCGCCGACCGCCUCCAAGAGGCCAUGCACACGCUACCGGCCAAAGACGCGCUCGACGGAAAAGGCAGCGCGCGGCUCAGCUUUAUCCGCACGGGCGACGUCGCCCGUGUCCACGAAUGGCUCGCGCAGGCCGCCGACAUCGAGAGCCGCGACGACCGCAAGGUGACACCACUGAUGCUCGCGGCUGCGGGCGGUCACCACACGAUCGUCGAACUUCUUUUGGAGCGGGACCCGGACGUUGACGCUACGGACGCGAUGGGCCGGACCGCGCUCAUGUACGCAGCGCUGAGCGGCCACCCGAUCAUCCUGGACAUGCUCCUCGGCCACUUUGCCGAUAUGGACGUGGUCGACAAUGACGGCGCCUCGGUGCAGCUGCUCUUGCACGCGCAGCUCUCGGACAAGAGCCACGCGGCGUCGGAGCUCGCGCGAUUCCAGCGCUGCCUCUCGACGCUGCAAAAAGAGGCUCAGUACCGAGAGACAUCGACCGCCUACCGCAUGAAGGUCCGCGCGUCGAUCCUCAAGCGCAUGGAACAAGGGUUUCUCGUGCCGUUUGCUUUUACAACGUACUAG